CUAGUUAAUAAAAUUAAGAAAAUGUCUUCUGUACCCGAUAGCAAAUCUCAAAAUAUUAAUUCCUCUAUACCCUCAAAACAAAGCAAGAAACGGAAACGUAGAAACAAAAAUAAGAAUAAAAACAAACAGUCUGUCUCGAAGAAAAAAAUUUUCAAGUACAAAUCUGUGAAUAAUAGUGCAUUUAAAUUGUCUAAACUUAUGUUUACCAUGUCGUCUUGGGCAGAGCAUUUCACUUUUGCAGCUACUUGGCAAUUGAAACACCAGAUGGCUUACUGGAAAGCAAAAGCAAAGUCUUUAGAGUAUGAAAAUAGUGUUCUACAUGACAUAAUUCGUAAAAAUCAGUAUGUAACUCGUGGUGAAAACUCGUCUACUACAUGUAAAAUUUCAGGAUCUGAUGUAGACAGAGAAAAUCAUGAAGAUGAAGAAGAGUGUAACGUGAAUGAAAGGCAUAGUCCAAUAAGAGAAGGUAAACUGGGAGAAUGGCAAGAUGCAGAAAGUACUAACUCUCAAACUAUGUUAGUGGACAUGCAAUCAGAAAGUGAGGAGGAAGAAGACAGUUCAGAUGAUAACCAAGAUUUAGAAGUAAGUGAAGAAUUCAUGCAGUUUUUGAUGAUAAAUGCCAAACACAAGGAAGAACUGAGGUUAGAGCGUGAACAACAAAAAGCAGCACAAGAGCAAGCCGAGUUAGAAGAAAGAGAGGCUCAGCUGAGAACGCGACGGCACUACGGCUUAUCAGCCCAAGAUCUUUAUGGAGAAAGAUGGCAGAAAACUGCUGCAAUAGAGAUGUCAAUGAAAUGUGAUUAUAUGGCAGAUAUUGACAAAAAUACACCUGCAUUCUGGCCUGUGAUACCAUUUAAUUUUAAUUCACAUUAUUCAUACUCUAAUCAAAACUUUUAAGUUAGUGGCUAAGUACUUGUUGGAUUUAUUAAAUAUAUUGAGAUACCAGACGCUUUCUGUUAAUUAUCUUGCUGACUAAAAGCGUCUGAGUAAAAACGUCCCAUAAAUAUUCCAUUCUCUGUCCUUCUCAGCAGAAAGAGUCUAGUGACCAGAUAAUCUAAAAACCCCUUGCUAAAAUUGCUCCUGUUAAUGAUGUAGAGCCAAAAUAUAUCAGAGAUAAAUAGGAAAUUGUAAUAGCUAUUUGUUUUACAAAGGGGCUAAGUUGUUCUUUAACCCCUCAUGCUAAUAUUGAUACCCAAGCUAGCAAAAGUUUCCAAAUUGAAAAAAAAAUCCAAAUUCGAAAAUGGCAUCUUCAGCACUGCUAGGGUUUCAGGGCACAAGGGCUAAAUAAAUAUUGCCACCUACUGAAGCACUAAAUUGUUCGUCACACUAAUGCGGGAGAAAUACUAAUCCAAAUGAAUGCUUUUAAAAAGUAAUCAUUCAAAAUCAUCACUUAAAAGUCAAUUCAAUCAGCCUAAAUGAGAAAACAACUCAAAGUCUGCAUCAAAUUAGUUAGCCACACUUAAAAUGCAACUUUCGCAUCAAUUUUUGGAGUAUCAAGAGAGCCUUUACCAGUUGGUGUGGUGAAAUAUCUUUUGUGGCCAGUCUGUUAGGCUUAACAUAAUGGGUAUUUCUAAUGGAAAUGUAUUUAAAAAGAAUAAACUGCAAUUGAAUUUCUUUAA